UCAAGAGAACAAUGUGUCACUCCAACUCACGAAGGGGUAAGCACCGUAGCAGAGGAGCGAGCCAGCCUCGACGUGAAAUCCCGUAAUCUGUGGACGAACCCUAAUCCGGCGAUGUCACUAUCCCAUUCAGUUGAUCCGACAAUAAGUAUUCGCUAUGGUUUUCCUUCUCGUAAAAUAACUACUUCCCGCGUUCGCUCUCUCUGUUCUCAAACCCAACAUUCUCUCAGGUGUGCUGUGCUUGGAGCUGGAUUUGCAGGACUCUCGGUAGUUUGGCAUUUGUUGAAGAAUAGUCCUAAGAGAUUGGAUCUGAAAAUUGAUUUGUACGAUGAAGUGGGCAUUGGGGGUGGUGCUUCUGGGAUAGCUGGAGGUCUCCUUCACCCUUAUUCGCCAAAAGUCAAGCUUCUCUGGGAGGGUGCUCAGUGUUGGAAUGAGAGUAUUAAUCUUCUGAGAAUUGCUGAAGAAGUUGCUAGUUCCCAAAAAUGCGAAGUUGGAGAAUCUCCUGAAAAUAUGGAAAGUUUUGUUGCUCACAAAAGGGGCAUCCUAAGACCAGCAAUGGACGAGAAGCAUUUGGCCAAAAUGAAUGAUAAUGUCCAGACUUGCCUUCCUGGUUGCAGGAUAGAAACUCUCAACACAGAAGAAGUCCAAAAUCUUGUACCUGGUAUAUGUCUACCACUGGGCACAGCUUUCUUUAUGCCUGCAGCUUUUAAUAUAUAUUCCCAACAUUAUCUUCAGGCACUCUUCGGGGCAUGUGAAAAUCUGGUGAAAGAAUCUUCAACUUUUGGUUCUGGACAUAGACAGCUCAGUUUUCACAAAAGAUCUGUCUGCGGACUAUGUGAGUUUGAAGGGGAGUAUGAUGCAGUCAUCAUCUGUCUAGGUGCCAAAGUUAACAUGCUUCCUGAGAUCUCCGGUAGGCUUCCUUUGAGAACAUGCAGAGGCGUUAUUUUGCACCUGGAGCUGCCUGAAGAUAUAGGACAAGGAUAUCCGGACCUUGGCCCAUCGAUAUUGUCAGAUGCAUGGAUUGCCGUUCAAGGGUGUCGGAGUCUACAUGUGGGAUCGACAUGGGAAUGGAAAUCCCAGAAUUCAUCACCAAAUGUUGCAGCUGAUGAAGCUUCAAAAGCUAUUGGAGAGCUUCUGCCCAAGGCAUCGGCCAUUUAUCCUGGAAUAAAGGAUUGGGCCUACAGUGGAGCAAGAGCUGGUCUGCGGGCAAUGCCUCCACUAACUUCCCUUGGAUCACUCCCACUUUUGGGUUGCAUUAAUGAUUUAAUAGGUAAAAAUCAAACUUGCAAGUACUGGUUAUUUGGAGGCUUAGGCUCCAGGGGAUUGUUAUACCAUGGUUGGCUAGGAAAUUUAAUGGCUCAGGCUGUGCUAUCCUGUAAUGAACAAGUAAUUCCAUCUGAAUUGGUUUCCUGGAAAAACAUGAAGCUUUAAUCAAUCAUGCUUUUCUCUUGUCAAAAA